AUCAUUAAGAACUGUGAUAAUUUGGAAUAUCUAUUCACAUCUUCUAUGGCUAGAGAUCUGGUAAUGCUUGGACACCUUGAAAUAGGGGGAUGCAAGAAGAUGGGAGAGGUUCUUUUUACAGAGAAUGAAGCAGAAAAUGGGAGUUUGAUUUUCCCUCAGUUGAGGAUUUUAGAGAUAAAAAGCCUUCCAAAACUCGAAAGAUUCUGCCAUGGGAAUUACAUCGAAUUCCCCUGCCUUUCACAACUUUUGAUGGAGAACUGCCCUGCAUUGAAGACGUUCAUCUCAUCAGGCUCUAGUUUGGACACUUGUACACCUCCUCUAUUUGACACAAAGGUGACAUUCCCCGAGCUCGAGCAACUAAAAGUUCAAUUUAUGGAAAGCUUGGACAAGAUAUGGGACAACCAACUUGAUGCAAGUUCUUUUUGCCAACUAAAUAAUCUGAGUGUGGACUCAUGCAAUAAGCUACUAAAUAUUUUCCCAUUUAGCAUGCUGGAAAAGGUUCAGAGACUAGAUAAGUUAGAGAUAUGGGGCUGUGAUUCACUUGAAGAGAUAUUUGAGUCUCAAGGGCUUGAUGCUGGCCAAUCACAAACUCAAAAAUCCACGCCACCAAUUUUGACGGAAUCUGUUGCAAAGUUUGUGUUUCCAAAAUUGACACAGCUAGAUCUUUAUUAUGUGGGCAAACUGAAGGUCUUAUGUCAUCAAAAGCAUACUUCUGAAUGGCCAUCAUUGAAAAAAUUGAACGUGUGUGGAUGUAAACAAGUACAGAUAUUUGCUUCAGAACUCUCAAGCUUCCCAAGAGCAAAUGGGGAUGACCAGCUUGAAGCCGAUAUUAAAUAUUCCCUUUUCUGGACAGGCAAGGCUACAUUCCCCAGUCUAGAAGAACUGAAAUUGGCAUAUAAUGAUAAUAUGAAAGAGAUAUGGCAUGGGCAGCAUAUUCUAGGGGAUUAUUUUCCCAAACUAAAAGUUCUUGACCUCACCCAGUUCCCUGAGCAAUUAGUUAUCCAGCCUUUUGUCUUUCAGUCUCCAAAUCUUGAAAAGCUUGUUGUGAGUAAAGCUCCCUUUCAAGAAAUAUUCAAAUGUCAAGGACUUGGUGGUGUGGAAAAACCUGCACCUGCACCUAUUCAGUUAAGUGGAUUAAGGUUGCAUGAACUUCACGAGUUAACAUGUCUCUGGAAGGAAGAAUCAAAUUUGGAAUCAGUUUUCUCUGAUUUGAAAAUUCUUGAAGUGCUACGGUGUAGGAAACUAAAGAAUUUAGUGCCAUCCUUCAUAUCUUUCAAGAAUUUGACAACUUUGGAAGUAUUUGCUUGUCAUGGACUCAUAAAUUUAAUUGAAUACUCAACCGUCAAAAGCAUGGUGCAACUCACAAGAAUGAGUAUACGUGAAUGUCAUAUGUUAAAAGAAAUUAUUUCGUGUGUGGAUGAUGAAGUGAAGGAUGGCAUUGUCUUUAGCCAGCUCAAGUAUUUGCAACUUUGUGGUCUACCAAGAUUGGCAAGCUUUUGCGCAGGGAGUUGCAGCUUUGAAUUCGUAUCUUUGGAAGAAGUAAUUGUGAUGGGUUGCCCAAAUAUGGAGAUCUUCUCUCACGGGGAAUGCAGCACCCCUAAAAAAUUGCAAUGGGUGAAAUUGACAAAAUAUGGAGGUGAAGGGUUUUGGGAAGGCAACCUUAAUUGCACCAUACAAAAGAUGUUCAUAGAAAAGGUUGGAUGCCAUGGGUUGGAGAAUUUGAAGUUCUCUGAAUUUCCCGAGUUGAUUGAAAUUUGGAAUAAGAAACCUCAAGAAAUCUUGCCCUUCAAAAGUCUUAGAUUUCUAGAAGUUUGUAACUAUAACAGUUCCAAAUUCCUUCUAACCUCUUUCAUGGCGUUGGGCCUGGUGCAACUCUCUAAACUGAAAGUCACAAACUGUGCCACGAUGGAGCAAGUGAUCACAGGACAAGGAACUGAGGACCUGUUUCCUAGUCUAUUCACUAUUAUUUUAGAGUCUUGUCCCAACUUGAAAUGUUUCUAUGAGGGAAGUAGUGGGCUUGAGUUUCCACGGUUGCGCAGAAUUAUGGUUGUUAACUGCCCAGUUUUGGCUGCUUUUGCUUCUUCAUUUUCAAGUGACCAAAAGAAAGAGAUAACAACUAAUGACCCAAAAAGUGAAGAAUGGUCUGUCAUCCCUACUCAACCUUUCUUCAGUGAUAAGGUUGUGUUACCAAGCCUAAAGGAGCUACAAUUAUGCAGGAUCAAUGUUAACGUGAAAUGGCACACUUCAACAGCAUCUUUUUGUUUCAAGAAUCUGAUGAAUUUGAUCAUUCAAGGUUUUGACAAUUUGAAAUUUUUGUUCUCAUCUUGUAUGGCUAGAGGUCUGGUGGUGCUUGAACGACUUGAAAUAAGGGAAUGCAAGAGGAUGGGAGGGAUUAUUGUCACAGAGAAUGCAGAAGAAAAAGAGAAUUUGAUUUUUCCUCAAUUGAAAUACCUAUUGAUAAAAGACCUUCAAAACCUUGUUGGAUUCUACUUAGGAAAUUGUUUUGUUGAAUUCCCAUCCUUAAAGGAUUUGAAAGUAGUGAACUGCCCAGAAUUGAAGGGAUUCAUAGUUAAAUAUUUUGAAAGCACAAGUUGCAUAGAUGACACGCAGACACUCUUCAAUAAACAGGCUGCAUUUCCCAACUUGAAAUGGCUGACUAUCAGCCACUUGAAAAACUUGGGGAUCAUAUGGCACAACAAACUAUAUGUAGAUUCAUUUUGCAAACUAGAAUCAUUAACAGUUGAAAAUUGUGAAAAGUUAUUGACUGUGUUUCCUUCUAUUGAGGCUGCAUUUCCCAACUUGAAAUGGCUGACUAUCACCCAUUUGAAAAACUUGAAGACCAUAUGGCACAGCAAACUAUCUGCAAAUUCCUUUUGCAGACUAAAAUCAUUAACGGUUGAAAAUUGUGAAAAGUUAUUGACUCUGUUUCCUUCUACUGAGGCUACAUUUCCCAACUUGGAAUGGUUGACUAUCACCCACUUGAAAAACUUGGAGAUCUUAUGGCACAGCAAACUAUGGAUAUUUGAAAUUAGCGAGUUUAAUGUCAAAGAAACACAUCCUGUAAUUGACACCAAGUUCAAACAAUUGAGGAUUAAAGGUCUACCAAGAUUGAAGCAUGUGUGGAAUAAGGAUCCCCAAGGAACACUCACUUUUCACAACCUGGAAUCAGUCAAGGUAAGUUGUUGUGGGAGUCUCAAAAAUUUGUUUCCAGCUUCAAUAGGCAAAAGCCUUUUGCAACUCCAAAAGCUACAUUUAUACCAAUGUGGGGUGGAGGAAAUUGUCCCAAUGGGAGAACAAGAAGCUGAAACAGUUGUUAGCUUUGAAUUUCCUCAAGUAACAAGUCUUAAGCUUGAGGUGCUACCAAGAUUCCAAUGUUUCUACCCAGGAAAGCACAUAACAGUGUGGCCAAUGUUAAAAGAGUUCUGUUUUUCCCAUUUUAAUCAAGUAAAGAGAGCAGAUGGUCAUGAGCAACUUGACUUCCCUAUACAAUUACCACAUUUCUCUAUGGAAAAGGUAUGAUUUGUAUCUUAACUUUCCAUUGUUAAAGUAGAGCCUCUUGCCAAAAUAAAAUAAUAAAAGAACACCUUAUUA